AUGCUCUUUGGCUACGACACUGUGCGCCUUUCUUGGGGCUACGCUCUGAGGAGAGCCACUGCAAUUGGAUUGUUGAAUUUUUAUUUAAAUAUUGGACGCUAUCCAAGAGUUAUGUGCUGGAAUUUACAAUUUGACUACAGAUCAUCUUCUUCCAGAUUUUUGAAAGGAUUUCGUCACAGAACACCCCUGGAUCGGCAUUACGAUCUUCCUGAUGAUGUUGAACCCCCAUGUGGCCGUCUGAUGAAGGCAGUGUGGAAAUUAGUCCGAUCCGAACUCCAGCUAAGAGCAUAUGACAGAGCAACAGCUGCUUUAUGCAUUCUCAAGCGAAGACUUCCAAUAUUCGAUGAUCGUACGCUCUGUGAAGAUGUGCUGGUCAGCACAAAGCCAAAAUAUACUGCAGUGGCCAACUACCUCAAUAAGCUUUCUCUGCUGAACAUCUCAAUACUGUCGGAGAUGAACUGGUUCUUAAAAACUGCUGAAAUGGCUCGUGUUUAUGGCAUCCAGUUCUAUGAG